GAUAGAGAAAGUGGCAAAGUUCGAGGGCCAAAAUGACACUUCAUUCUUGUUUUACCUUUGAGACAGAAAACCUAAUAAGCUGCCUAGUCGUUGUUGCAUUUCAGUUUUUUCCGCGCCUCACCCUUUUCUCACUCGGUCCGGUGCCUGAACCCCGGCGGCAGCGGCAGCCUUUCUUCUCCCCGGCCGGUCUCUCUUGCCCUUUCCCUCCGCCGCCGCCUGCCUUCCUUUCUUCCAUCCUUUGGCAUCCUCCGUCUCCAGUCAUCCUCCCUCUUACAAAAUCUCAGUCUCACUGUUUUUUCAAACAAGCUCGUGCUCCAUAAGAAACCUGCUCUGAAUUCGUAAGUGCCGGCCUUCCUUCUUUCUUUCUGUUCUCAUUGUGCUUGCGAUUGAAUCUUUCCCAUUCAUGGUUCUCUUUUUUCCCCGUGUGAAGCUGAAUACUUGCUCGCCCUGAACUACUAAGAUAAAAAGCUUAGGUUCCUGUAACGUUAUGUAUCUGAUCAUUAGUUUGUACUAGAGUGGUACGCGGUGAAGUUGCUAGAUAUUACUAAGGGUUGCUGGAAACCUAUAAGAUAAUGUUAACUGAAGUACUGAACCAGUCAACGCCAUUUCUUCCUGGUAUUUUUGUUUAGAUUUUGAUUUUGCAGACUGCUUGGAAGCCAGGUUUUAAUGGCUGAUGGAAUGAUUUGUUUUAUGCCCUUCUGCAGGAGUGCUGUCUAGAAACUAGCUAUGAACUACCGAUUUCAGAAUCUGCUCGGUGCUCCUUACCGGGGAGGGAAUGCCACGGUCAUCCAGAAUACCCAGCUAAUCUCUUCGGUUGGAAACCGUGUCUCUAUCACAGACCUUUUAAAGUCCCAAACCGUUACCCUCCCCUUCCAAUCGUCCUCUAACAUACGCCGGCUUGCAGCCUCACCUGAUGGCACAUUCCUCCUAACUGUCGAUGAGAACAACCGUGCUCAAUUUGUUAACAUUCCAGCCCGGGCAUCCCUUCAUCGCAUACAUUUCAAGCAUGGGGCUGUACACGCUGUGCAGUUCAGUCCUGAUGGUAAAUAUAUUGCAGUGGCUACUGGCAAAUUAGUUGAAAUCUGGCUGUCUCCUGGCUUUAAGAAGGAACCCUUUGCCUUCCACUUGGUUAGGACUCUGGCAGAUUGUGACGCUACAGUUACUGCAUUGGAAUGGAGUUUAGAUUCUAAAUAUCUUCUUGUUGGCUCUAAGGAUUUGACUGCAAGACUGUUUUUGGUUGAGAGACUUAGUGAAGGGGUAAUGAAUAAGCCAUAUUUGUUUUUAGGACACAGAGAUACAGUUGUUGGUUGCUUUUUUAAGUACAGCAAGAAUAGCAUUACCCCAAACAAGGCUUACACUGUUACACGCGAUGGUUACAUAUUUAGUUGGGGUUAUGGUGGCUCUGAUGGAGCUGGAGAUGUUGAUAAGCUCCAGCAUGAUGAGCCUCUUUCCCCAGGAACACCAGAAAAAGAUGGGGAAGAAACUUUGAGUGGUGGAACUGAAAGUAAUGUGAAGAAAAGAAAGAAUCAUGAUAUGAAAGGUGAUGACCCUUCUUCGAAAGAGUACUUGCAUAAGGGGAAAUGGCAUUUGCUUCGUAAAGAUGGGCUUAUGCAAUCACCAGCAAAAGUCAGUGCAUGUGAUUACCAUAGGGUAUUGGAUAUGGUUGUGGUGGGAUUUUCCAGUGGUGUUUUUGGGCUAUAUCAGAUGCCAGAUUUUGUUUGCAUUCACCUACUGUCAAUAUCAAGGGAGAAGAUCACUACGGCUGUGUUUAAUGAGAUUGGUAAUUGGUUAACUUUUGGGUGUGCGAAGUUGGGACAACUGCUUGUAUGGGAAUGGAGGUCAGAGAGUUAUGUGUUGAAGCAACAGGGUCAUUAUUUUGAUGUCAACUGUUUGGCUUAUUCCCCAGAUUCUCAGUUGUUGGCUACUGGAGCAGAUGAUAACAAAGUCAAGGUGUGGACUGUCUCGUCAGGUUUUUGCUUUGUAACAUUCUCAGAGCACACUAAUGCUGUUACAGCGCUUCAUUUUAUGUCUAACAAUCACUGCUUGUUAAGUGCAUCACUAGAUGGAACUGUACGUGCAUGGGAUUUAUUCCGCUAUCGGAAUUUUAGGACAUUUACCACUCCGUCAUCAAGACAAUUUGUGUCCUUGGCAGCAGAUGAAAGUGGUGAAGUAAUUUGUGCAGGAACUCUAGAUUCCUUUGAGAUAUUUGUUUGGUCGAUGAAGACUGGCCGUUUGUUGGAUGUGCUCAGUGGUCACGAAGGUCCAGUUCAUGGGCUGAUGUUUUCCCCAACAAGUGCAAUCUUGGCAUCAUCUUCCUGGGACAAAACUGUUCGCUUGUGGGAUAUUUUCGAAGGAAAAGGUGCUGUUGAAACGUUUUCUCACACACAUGAUGUUCUGACGGUGGUUUAUCGUCCAGAUGGGAAGCAAUUGGCUUGCAGCACAUUAGAUGGUCAAAUUCAUUUCUGGGAUCCAAUCGAUGGAUCUCUAAUGUACACCAUUGAAGGUCGAAGAGAUAUUGCGGGAGGCCGCCUCAUGACUGAUCGCAGAUCAGCUGCUAAUUCAACAGCAGGGAAAUGCUUCACAACAUUAAGCUAUUCUGCUGAUGGGAGUUACAUUUUGGCUGGUGGAAAUAGCAAAUACAUAUGCAUGUACGAUAUUGCAGAUCAGGUUCUCUUACGCCGGUUUCAAAUAACUUUCAACCUCUCUAUGGAUGGAGUGCAUGACUUCCUGAACUCCAAGAAAAUGACUGAUGCCGGUCCACUUGAUUUGAUCGAUGACGACGACAGUGAUGCCGAGGAAGGUGUUGAUAUACAAACACGGGGUAAGUUGGGUGGUGACUUGCCCGGGGCUACCCAAAAUCGAGGAAGGCCUAUAAUUCGAACAAAAUCCCUUAGGAUUGCACACACUGGGCGAAGCUUCGCUGCUGCUACAACUGAAGGGGUUCUAGUUUAUUCAGUUGAUGAAUCUUUCAUAUUCGACCCCACUGAUCUGGACAUUGAUGUGACACCAGAGGCGGUUAACCAAGCACUGAUUGAAAAUCAACCGAGCAGGGGUCUAAUCCUCAGCUUACGACUGAACGAGGAUUCACUGAUUAAAAAGUGCGUGUUUGCUGUAAGCCCCGGUGAUGUAGCAACUGUUGUGUCAUCAAUUCCUCAUAGAUACCUACAGAGGCUAAUAGACGUGUUUGCUGAUCUCUUGGAAAGCUGUCCUCAUCUGGAGUUCAUACUCAGUUGGUGUCAGGAGCUUUGCAAAGCUCAUGGUAACUCGAUCCAACAGCAGUCCAGAAACCUCCUUCCUGCUUUGAAAUUCUUGCAGAAGGCCAUCACCAGAAUACACCAGGAUCUGGCUGAUACAUGCUCCUCCAAUGAAUAUAUGCUUAAAUAUUUGUGCUCUACAACCACAAGCAAGUGAAGCUAUGUACAUUGGAGCAGCAACAGUAGGAAGCCAGUAAAGUGCAACGAGGAUGGAAGCAUGAAAGAGGUUCUCAAUGUUGUCCUGCCAUUUUCAGUUCUUAAAGAUGUGCCAAAACCCCCUUUGUUGUGUGUUUGGAUUUUGGAAUGAGAAAUAGAUUGAGAAAUAUAAAUCUCAUUUGGUCAAAAUUUUGGAAAUUAGAAAUCCAUCAGAAGAAAUAGGAAUUUAGUUUACGUUAAUUGGAGUGGGUAUUACCAGUCCCAUAGGUGGGGCAGGACAGGCUUGGGUACUAUCCUCGAUCUGAAUUGUCUCAUUUCCCAGUCGUUUUUGCCUAAAUUACAUGUAAUGAUACUCAAAUUACUUAGUACUUUACUUUUAUCACCUCAUAUUUUGGCUGUAAAUAGACGAGAACCUUGAUUUCUCGAUUACUUAAAUUACCUUUACCAUAUAAUAAUUUGUGUCUUGGGGUUUUAUUGAAAAAAAUGAAUAUUACUAAUGUUUUUCUUUUAAAUUACAUACUCAUAUGAGUUGACCUAACCCGAUCUACGCCCCAUAAUAAAUUAUCCGACCUGCAAUGGAGCAUAUAUGAGUAUCAAGAAUUCAAGAUACCUGCUUAGAACAUGCCUGAUUGUCAUUCCUAAUUGAAACUCUUAGUUAUUAUGAGAUUUAGUAUCCAUAGUUUAUAAUCCAUAUAUUAAAUUCUUAAAAUUCACAUCUUGAAUUUAAUACACAUAUUCUUUUGAU